AACCGCGACCUUUCCCUCGUGCUUAUCACAGGGUUAUCGUGGAGGGAGGGAGGAAGGUCUAGCGCAGGCGCUAUGGCGGCAGCGGUUUCGAUGCGAGGGCUCGUCCCAGCUCUCGCCUGUGAUCGUCGCGGCGGCGGCUUCGAUCGCGGCAUUCCUACCAGGAUCGCGUGUUCUUCCGAGAAUCUGGCAGAUGGAGCGCCUGAUCUCAGCGUCAGUGUCAAUGGAUUGAGGCUCCCGAAUCCCUUCGUCAUCGGAUCGGGGCCCCCGGGGACGAAUUACACGGUCAUGAAGAAGGCAUUCGAUGAAGGCUGGGGCGCCGUGAUCUCCAAGACGUUGUCUCUGGAUUCCACGAAAGUGAUCAAUGUAACACCAAGGUAUGCCCGCAUGCGAUCGGGGAAUGGUCCCAAGGACGUGAUCGGGUGGGAGAACAUCGAGCUUAUCAGUGACAGACCUUUCGAGACAAUGCUGGCCGAGCUGCGGAGAUUAAAGCAGGAAUACCCCGACCGGAUUUUAAUCGGCUCGAUCAUGGAAGAAUACGACAAGGAUGCGUGGGAAGAAAUCAUCGAACGAGUUGAGGCCACUGGUGUUGAUGCUUUGGAGAUCAACUUUUCGUGCCCGCAUGGAAUGCCCGAGCGAAAAAUGGGAGCUGCUGUUGGAAAGGAUUGUGAUCUUCUCGGCGAGGUUUGCAGCUGGAUAAAUGCCAAGGCAACAGUUCCAGUCUGGGCUAAAAUGACACCAAAUGUCACAGACAUCACUCAGCCUGCGCGAACAGCAAUCGAAGCUGGCUGCGAGGGCUUAUCAGCAAUCAACACUAUAACGAGCAUCAUGGGUAUCAACCUCGAUACUUUACGACCUGAGCCAUGCGUUGAAGGGUACUCUACACCCGGCGGAUACUCGUCCAGAGCUGUGCGUCCAAUCGCUCUUGCAAAAGUGAUGGCGAUUGCGCAGAUGCUCAAGUCCGAGUAUCCCGAUCGCAACAUUUCUCUCUCUGGCAUUGGUGGAGUUGAAUCUGGAGACAAUGCUGCGGAGUUCAUUCUUCUAGGAGCUAAUACAGUACAGGUUUGCACAGGUGUGAUGAUGUAUGGCUAUCCACUCGUGAAACGACUUUGUAAAGAGCUGCAAGCGUUCAUGGCCAAGCAUAACUUCACAUCGCUGGACGACUUCAGAGGGACAUCUUUGCAGUACAUGACUACACACACCGAUCUCGUCCAAAGGCAGCAAGAGGCGAUUAGGAGCCGACGCGCUGCUCGCAAGGGCCUAGCCUCGGACAAGGACUGGACAGGCGAUGGUUUUGUAAAGGAGACGGAGCUCAUGGUUUCCAAUUGAAAGUACUUCUGUACAGAACAAGCAAACGCAAGAGAAUAUAAAUAAAAUGAUACAUAAUAAAAGAAGAAUUACGGAAAGAAAGUUCCAUGUAUGAGUGAAUCGUUUUCUCUAACUAGAGAAAUAACAAAACCAUAGCUAUUGAUUACUUGAUUUGCAACUAUAUUAUUAAAACAAGAUUCACAUUCUUUUC